CUUCUUCCUUGGAUGUACAAGAAAACUUCCAUCUUUCUCUCUCUUCCUUCACUGUGUAAAAAAGGCAUCUCACAUUGGUCGAUGAUUUUAUGCUCCUUUUUGCAAUGCAAUCAUAAAUUAUCUGUCUUUCUGUCUCUAUAUAUAAAAAUUGAACUCUGCAUCAAACAUACUUUGCCUUGAAUACCCAUUAGCUCUGAUCAGCUUUCUUUCCGAUGUCCCUAUAUGUUAAUUCUCGUCAAAGAGAGUAUAGAAAGAGAGAAGAAGAGAUGUUUGAUCUUAAUCUGAGCAUUGAUUUGAAUGGGAAAGUGAAUUUUGAGGAAGAUGAAUCCCCUGUAACGUCGACUUCAUCUGUUGUAAAUGGGGAAGGCUCCAGCACGUGUUCCCCCGAAACCUCGUAUACAUUCAACUUCGCCAUCCUCGAUAGAAAUAGCCCAGUUGUGAAGGAUCGUGGCUUGACUGUACCGGAGCCCGUGACUCGGGAGCUCUUCCCGAUGAGUGAAAUCGGUGAGUUGAACAUGGGGAAAGCCAAUAAUAAUGUUGAUCAACGAAGAAAAUUGGUACAACAGCAGAAGCUGCAGGUGCAACAUGUACAGCCCAAGAAAAGUAGAAGAGGCCCACCUUCCAAGAGCUCACAGUACAGAGGGGUCACUUUUUAUAGAAGAACUGGCAGAUGGGAAUCCCAUAUUUGGGAUUGUGGGAAACAAAUUUAUUUGGGUGGAUUUGACACUGCUCUUGCUGCCGCCAGAGCAUAUGAUAAAGCUGCAAUCAAGUUCCGGGGUGUUGACGCCGAUAUUAAUUUCAAUCUUGGUGACUAUGAAGAGGAAAUUAAUCAGAUGAAGAAUCUGAGUAAAGAGGAACUUGUGCAAAUAUUACGACGUCACAGCACUGGUUUUUCAAGAGGGAGUUCCAGGUACAGAGGGGUUACGCUACACAAAUGUGGCCGAUGGGAAGCUCGAAUGGGGCAGUUUCAUGGCAAAAAGUAUAUAUAUCUUGGGCUAUUCGACUCUGAAGUAGAGGCUGCAAGGGCUUAUGACAAGGCGGCCAUCCAGUGUAAUGGAAGGGAUGCUUUUACUAACUUUGAGUCGAGUAAAUACGAUAGGGAAAGUAUGCUUGAAGGUAGCCAAAAUGAUCUAGACCUAAACUUGGGGAUUUCGACCUCUUCCCCAAAGGAGAAUGAGUGUUUGGCAUUGCCUCAGUUCCAACCUUACGAUGUACAAAAUGCAAGAAAAUCGAAGAUACAGAUGGAUUCACCUCUUAAGGGACUGCCAUUAACGACAUCGCGGGCUGGUCUAAAUCCUAACUUAGUUUCCUUCUGCGAGGAAAGGGUGGCGGAGAAGAGAGUUGAAGUUUCACAAGGACUACCCUACUGGGGGUGGCGAGUGGACAGUCAAGCCAUUCCAAUGGCGAUUUUCUCUCCUGCAGCAUCAUCAGGAUUCUCGUCACCAGCUACCACUUCUCUCUCAACAGACAAAUCUCUAUACCAUCUUCAAACUAGGCCACCCCCAUAAUGUCUCUCUGCCUGCUUGAAAUGUGGAUGUGCAGAAGUUCGGAAACGUUUCAAUUCUGCCGAGGACUUGUGUCGCUGUCUGGUGCCAGUGGGAUGAUCGGCCGAACAGAGGCUAAUGGUUUUUAUUCUUUUAUUGGUGUUGUUGAUAUUGUUUCUAAUCUCGAAAAGAUUUUUUAGUUUAAAGGAGCAAAAAUCAUUAGCACAUCGCGCUGUGCUAAACUUGCCCGAUAGUAGUAGUAAUCUUCAUCACGUGUCAUAUCAUGUGCCAAUAAGAAAGAUUGAGGCAUCCUUGGGAUGAAUUGAAAUAAGAAGUUAAAAGAAGUAAAGAAACGAAAAGGAAAGCAACAGGAGGGAUGAGUUAUGGGUUGGAAGGCUUGGGGUGAGCCGAGAAGAUGCAAAUAUUUUUCUUUCUAUUAUGGAUUGUUAUAUUUUCACCACGAAGGUGUUUUUAAUUCCACCGCACUUCUAAUUAUUUUUAUGAGACUUAAUCGUAUUAAAGGUUUCAACAUUUACUUA